AUGCUGCAGGGACACAGAUCAUCCGGAGAUGAUGAUCGAAAUGGCUUCCUCGAAUAUGAUGAAUUCAACGCAGUGGCCGAUCGCAUCGCCCAUCCAAAUCCGUACCAGCUGUGGCAGCAGCUGGACAGCGACCGGACAGGCUACGUCAGCCUGCGAGACAUCAGCGAGGACGAUGCUCAGCUCUGGUUUGAGUUUCGAACUUUCUGUGGUGCAAACUUCAAGAGCGCGAAGGACAUGAUGGUGCAAAUUCUGGGCAUCAACAGCGAAGAGGAGCGGAAGGAGCAAAAGCAGAUUUCGCGGAGCCACUGA